AUGAAUUAUAUGCCGGGGACAGCCAGCCUCAUAGAGGACAUAGACAAAAAACAUCUGGUCCUUCUUCGAGAUGGAAGAACUCUCAUUGGAUACUUGAGGAGCAUCGACCAAUUUGCUAAUCUUGUGCUGCAUCAGACCGUAGAGCGGAUACACGUUGGGAAGAAAUAUGGUGAUAUCCCUAGGGGAAUAUUUGUUGUGAGAGGCGAGAAUGUGGUUCUCCUCGGGGAAAUUGACCUAGAGAAAGAGAGUGACACUCCAUUACUUCAAGUUUCCAUUGAGGAGAUCUUAGAGGAGCAGCGCGUAGAGCAGCAAAGCAAGCAGGAGGCAGAGAAGGUGAAGGUACAGGCCUUGAAGGAACGGGGUCUGUCUAUUCCCAGAGUGGACACCUUGGACGAGUACUAA